UCAUGGAAUAUUUUUAUAUUAUGUAACUUAAAACUUAAGAAUUAUUGUUAAAGUAAAUUUAUGUAAAGAUGUAGGAUAUACCCAGCAUAAGUAUACAUAUGACUUAAAGGGAUUGCAUCAAUGUUCAUAAUAAUGAAUUAUGUACAAGAAAAAUGUACCUAUUUAAUAUAUUUAUCUUUUAUUUAAGAGACAAGCGUAUUAAUCUCGAAUCAAUACCUGAUAUAAGACUCAUUACCGAAUACACAGAAACAUUUUUUUAGAUUUUUAUAUCUCUGACCCUUCAAGACGUAAUGAAGUAAUGAUGCGACAAAUACACCUCUGAGAACGACUUAUAUUUAAAUGGCUUUUAAGUAGAUGGUUGUUUCUGAAACCAGCUCGAAGACACUAUUCAGUAUUCUCCAUGUGUCCGGUACUAAAGUGAAGAGGAUACGAUUUAACAUAAACUUGAAGCGAUAAUCGAUUCGUUUAAUAUCAGAUCGUAAAUACAUAUAUUAAUAACUAUUAUAGUUAUUAGAAGGAGAAUUAAUUAAAGGUUAAUGGUUUAAAGGUAUUUCUUAUGGUAAGCUGUCAAAAGUGAGAGUUUUCUAGUUACAUGUUUUCAAAACUUUGACUAGGUCAAAAGUUGAAGACCCAUUUGGCAGCCUAUUAAAUAGUCUAUUUUACCAAGUUAAUUUUUAUACUCUUAUUUCGUGCACGUCAGAAAAUUAAUACUGAUAAAGUUGCGGAUUAAAAGUUGUUAUUAAAAUGUUAUACCAUGACAUUUAGCAACACAAAAUUUUUCCGCCAAACGCAUAAUAUACGGAAGUAUUUGUACAGCAAAUAUUAUCUAAAACAUGCAAAACAUAAUUCUUUAUGCACCAAUCAAAACAAGCUAAACUGAAUUAAUCUGCUUAACGCCCCCACUAUAACGAGGUUUUAUAUUUUAUCGAUAGAUACAGCUGACCGUGUUUCUGUUUACGUGAGAAUCGAUCCCCAAUCGAGCGAUAUGCUUAGGGCGGGUCGGGUCGAACUUAUCUGUGCAGAAUAAGCAAUAGCAACACUCCACUCUUGUCCGCCGCUCGCUCAGGCCGAUGCGUCGCGUCAAAAACCGCGGGACCGUUGACAACGCUGUCAAACGAUCGUUUAAAAAAAGAAUGUGAUUGUUUUUUUUAUGUGCCUGUCUGAAUAAACUCUGUGGAUUGUUACCGACCAUUUUGGGGAUUUAACUGGAUAAAUAUGUGACGAUUUUCGAUAGUCAUGAAAUCAGCAUUGCAGGUAAUGGGUGGCGGUGAACAGAUUGAGAACAGCGCCAUCUGGCGAGCUACAUCAAAAUGACAAAUAAAGCGUACUUCCGAAGUGGUUCGCCGUACGCGCGCGAGAUGGCGCGGCUGUUCAUUUUAUUGUUAGCGGCAACCGCGACCGGCGCUUCCAGGUCCGGUGAAGAGGAUGCGCUAGCAAACAUCACAAGAUCUGCCAGUGGAGAUUAUUUCUCACUAAAAGGUUCUGGAGAAUGCGGCCCCACGCGUUGCAUGGAGGUCUCCCACGGCACCGCACUGGCUUCUAUUGGGUCUGAUGAUACUGGCUGCAGGUGCCAGUGUCGCAGAGACACACCCGCCUUCAGAGAAGACCAGAAUAUCUGCAUCAACCAUAUUGAUGAAUGUCUGAUGGCAAGUUUUGGUCGCGGAGCAACGAAACCUCAGAUUCCGUUCGUUUUUCUUCCGCUCAAAGGACAAAUCAUUUAUCCGUCUAAAGAAAUCAUUUUCACUGAUGUGGAGGAUGCAAUAUGUGCGGUGACCAGCGCCCAGUACUUGACGGCGUCUGGAUGGGUGACGCUCAGGGAUGUGGUGGAUAACGACGUGCCUUUUGGACUCUACCGGGAUGAAGGCAGUACUUUUCUACAGUGGCGUGGAUCAGCGGCUCUGCAUUCGCGGCUUGAAGGCCGUCUGGUGGCUGCCCACGUUCUAUGCUCAGCAUCGACUUCGACACACCUUACUGCUAGCUGUGCAGCAUUUAGAGUCGCUGGAGCCACUCAGAAUGCUUUACUAGAUGUACGUUCAAUACCGUUCCACGCUGGUGAAAUAGUUCCAUCGGAAUCAGGACCCCAAUCUCAGGGUCUCAGCGUUUUGGAGUCCUUGGCUAUUGGAGUAUGCGUGCUUCUACUGAUCUUUGUGUAUGCCGCCGGGAUCAUUUUCUACGUUAAUUACAAACAAAGGCAGAAGAGAAAGGAGAAAGAUCCUGAACAGAAUCACUCGAAUACCAUGUCAACUGAUAACGGGUCUAUGGAAUCGCGAAUCGAUAUGAGUAAUGUGAUGAUGAAAAGCAAUCCGUUGUUACAACUAAACGAUAUGGGAGGAGACUUUAUGCAUGAUGCUGGGUUUUCGGAUGCCAGUGAACACACUGAAGACACUGUUGAUUCUUCAUCAAAUAAUCAUCCUUCUUCACAUAAGUUUCAGAAACUGAAUUCGAAUGUAAUAUCAGCUAUGGUUCACUCCCGACGUAAGAAAACUCUUCGGCCAUCACUAAGAAAUGGAAAUACACCUGAACGGGCACAUGAGCGUUUUCAGAGACGCUCUGCUUCACCAGAUACUUUGGAAAGAGCACCCCAUUCUGAACUCUCCAUCAUAGAUUGCACCGCAGAAAACAAUUAUAAUUAUAACUCGAAUAGACAACUACCAUCUUCAAAUGGAGAUGCGCAUUACCGAAAGAAAUUGUAUUUCAACCCAGUUUUCUUCGAAACAGAACAUCUCAAGAACCCACCUCCCGCGGCUAUCGAGUUUUUAAUUAAAAUUCGAGAAGUAAUGUCCGUCGCUAAAGAAAAAAUGACAUCAAAACGAUUUAUACCAAUGUUAUCCGAUAUUCCUGAAGAAGAUUUGUACCAUGCAAUCGAUCUUGGUUGGGAUAUACCUUGUGCUCGACGCGGUCGUCGAUUUAGUGCAAUAAGUCUUAAGCAAGAAAACAGUCGAAAGACCGCUGUCUGUGGUGGAUGCCCAGGCUGCGACAGCAAUUCGGUUCGAACUCACAAGGUUGCACUAACAAGAUCAAACUCUUGUAAAACUUGCGUUAGUGAAGAUUACAAACAGAGGAUUGUCAGAAAAUGGUUAGAUGAAGUACCUUUACCUUCGACUAACUCUAAGCAACUGAAAUCGGUUGCAAAAGUAAGUGGAACUCCAAGAUCUAUUGAUUCAAAGAAGAGAGAUGAAAUACAUGCUAUACCAGCCGAGCCAAUUAGAGAAGAGGUUAAAACACUUAAAAUAGCAGAAGUGAAGCCUAAAGUUGUGGAAAAGAAACUUAAAGUCCCUGAAAGUAAACCAAAAAUUGCAGAAGCUAUUGUUAAAGACAGUAUUCGCGAACUAGGUUCUAAGGAAAAUGUUACAAAAGAACUCAACCUUGAAGAAAUGAAAAUAAUCAGUAAACCAAUCAAUCCAAAGGAAAUUGAAAUUAUAAGAGUAAACACCGUUCCGGAUAUCAAUGUGUUUGACAUUAAUAACUCAGAAAAAGUAUCUAAACCAGCUGUUGCAACUCCACCACAAGAAAAGAAGAGUCCUUCUAGUCAUACAUCGCGUCGUAUUAGAAAGAAACUUCCUCCUCCGCCACCACCUCCAGUAAAGUCACCAGAAUCGCCUAAAUCUGAAGAAGAAGAACCUCCAAUACCACCUGAGGUUAAAGUUAAGAUGGAAGCUGUUAUACGUGAACUCAAUACCUGUAAACGGGUCGACCCAACAGAAGUUGAAGAAAUGAAGAUAGAGACUAUAACACCUAUUGCACCCAAAAUAGUUAUACCUGUAUUAGCAGCAGAUUCUCACUAUCACAGCGAUGAUAAUACUCUUUCAAAUCGAAAGAAAAAACAGAUGUAUAGCAGUCAGGAUAACUUCAUGGAGUUUGAUAGCUUAGAACGCAAUAUGAUGAGAAGGCGAAGAUUUUCAGUAGCUUGUGGUCCAGAACUAUUUCAAAAUGACUCAUUUGAGCAGAGCCAGGACCUGAAAGGUACGAGGGAAAGGUUGACAAGUAGUUGGCUUAAUGUUAAGAUGGCCGUUGAUCGAACAUAUGAGAAUCCAGUUACACCUGCCAGGAGCGAAGUAUUCAUAAACAAUGCGGAACCCCUGUACAAUAACGUAGAUCAUUUCUCAACUCCCGGUCCUUUAACUAUACAAGUGCGAGGCUCUCCAGUAGAAAAUAGGCGCAACGUUACCACUGACGAAUCUGAAUUCGAUCCAGAUACUCUUGACAGGCGCGAUACUAAGAAACGUGUCGAAAAGAUACUUUUGAAAUCCGCUGGAAGCUUCAAAUACAAAUCGACAUCUUCAGAAAGUGAAUCGUGUAGAAAAUCACCAAUUGCCAUUACGACGAGGAAGAUUGGCAACCUGAGACAAAUCUACGAAGCUAAAGCUAAAGCUCAAGAGGAAGAUAUGAAAUUCUACAAUAGGCGAGGAAGUAUUACAUUUGGUCAAGACUUGUCAGCUUUCAUGAGAUCCGGAAAAGCGCCUGACUUGAUUAGACAUAUUGAAGGACAGAAAGACCCGAAACCACCAAUAGCACCUAAGCAACGUAGGGGAUCUGAUGCCUCUAUUAAAUUCUCUACCCCAAUCAGAGAAAGCCCACCCGGAGAUAGACGCCGGAUGUUAGAGGAGAGGGAUCGAUUCCCGCAAUAUUCAAGAAUCGACAACUUAAAUGCUAGACGGUCUGGUCGCCGAUCAGCUAGAACUAGGUCAAGACGCACUGACAUAAGAAAACUGUACAGGACAGAAGACUCUGGUUACAUGAGUACAGACUCAAAUGAAUCCAAACGUAGAGCAAGAUACUUAUUGCAGUUGCGACCCGUGAAGUCUAUGAUUCAGGAGCCAGCGUCAUUGCCAGCUAUCAGAUCACUUAUGACAAAGACGCCAGUCAUACAAUUACAGAUCGAGUCAGACACAGAUGAUUUAGAAUCACUGUGCGACGGCAGAAGCGAAUCAGGUGGAGAAAGCGUCGAAACAGAUUCCGUAUUCUUUGGAAACUUUGACGACUCGAAAGAAAUGUUCGCGGAAUUGGGUUUGAAUGCGUUUGAGCCUCAAAAGACGAUGCAGGGUCACGAACAAAUUGAUUCCGGGUUCAUGGGAGAGACAAAUAUAAUUUUAAGUGGAGACAGUGACUCGGAGCAUAGAAGUGUCAUAUCCAUAAUGACUGGCCAUGAUGGCAGAGCUUCAGCUGCAUCGAUAAGCAAAUUAGAAGACGCCCCUUACUUACAUACCAUAGAAUGUUAGGCUAACUUAUAAUUUAAUGUUUUGUACAUAAAAAAUAACAAAUACAUUUAACCUCUUAUGGAUAGCGAAUUUUAUAUUUAAUUUUAAUGUACCUUAUAUAAUGACGGCGUAGUUUAACUAGAGUAUGUCAUUUUAAUAAAAUUAGAAUGUAGAAGAUAUUGGAAUAAAUGUGGAAUUGUGAAUAUUAACGAGAUUUCUAUAUAAAGUAAGUUGAUAGUCACCAAUUUAUACCUCAAACUCUGUGCUCAAUUCCGAUCGAAACUUUACUGCACCUGACUAAUUCUUUGUCGCGUAAUUUUUGAGAAUAUUUUAUAUCCAGCCCACCAUAGAUGUUCGUGCCUAAAUGUUUAUUUAUCAUUUUAAUAAUUACAUUAUUUCGUGUUAAUCGUAAUUCUUAUGCCAUUUUGUGCUCAAUUUAUAUUUGAUAAGGUUUUAGUUGUUAUUUGUGUAAUAUAUGUACGUAAAUGUUACGAGUUUGUAAAUUUUAUAGCCGGCCGGUUGUGCAAUUAAAUUUUUAUUAGUAUUUCGGGAAAUAAAUGGAUUGGAGUUAUUAUUAUGGUGCAUGGUAUGUGUAAGAGGCUCAAUAAUUUAUUGAAAAAUUUAUUUUAAGCGUAUUAUUAAAUGUUAUAACAAGAUAAUUUGCAAUAUAAAUGUAACCUGUAGAUAAUGUAGUUCGUUAACGUUUGUCGGAACUGUUUUGUGUUAAGAUAAUAUUUUCAGACUUUGUUAACAAAGUAUUUUUAGAAAAUAUUUUUGUAUGAAUAAUAUAUUAUGUUGUGUUA